GACAACGCCUCCAUGGAGGAAGAGGGGCACGCCGGCUACUGCUGCAGCGGGGGGGGAGCGGGACUACUUCGGCAAGACGCGCUGGUCCGACUGCUCCGCCAGAAGGAGCGCCGACAGCAGCGACUGGCUUGGGGCUUAGCCGCCGCGCUCCUGCUGCUGCUCUCCGGGGCUCUGGCUCUACUCAUCACGGGGGUGUUUCGAGGAGGCCGCCCGCCAGCGGAGAGCCAGCCGAUGAUGCAGCCUGACAGGCAUUCAUCAGGGGCCAGCUCACAACAGCACCAGGAGGACUUCAGGAAUCCAAGUGCCAUGCUCACAGCGCCUAAAGGCAACAACUUUAAUGGGAAAUAUCUUGAAUGGGAGCGGCUCGCCGGACGGGCCUUCUGUAAUGGAGGUUUCAACUACUCCAGUGGGAACCUUAUGGUGCCCAGGCUGGGCAUCUACAGAGUCUUCCUGCAGAUCACUUAUGAGAGCAAGAACAACCUUGAGUGUGAUGAGGAGCUGAGACUCUCCAACUCUGUGUUUCUUAUCCGGGAUGACUACAAGACCCAUGUGCCUCUCCUGUCAUCAGUGGACACGCUGAGCUGCAGCAUGAAACAGUGGAGUAAGACCCUCUACACGGCCGGCCUGUUCUCCCUGGAGGCUGACAGCAGACUACAAGUGACAUCAUCACACCCCAGCCUCAUUGUUGAGUCAGAAUCCAAGGUGUUCUUCGGUGCUGAACUUCUGUCUCAGUAACCAGCUACAAUCUCCUGAAUCCGAUCUCGAAUGUGUUUGCACCUUCACCUCCCAGGGUAGUUUUCUGGUUUGCUUUCAUGAUUACGGCUCGUGACAAAUCUAAACUCACUUUUGAAUUAUCAGCAGCAAUCAGCAGCAGCUAAUUGUAUCUGCUCGACGAUAGGUUUGCUUUAUCUCAUUGAAGUUAUAAGCUGCUUAGUUUUCAACUGCUCACAGACACUAAUGGCUUAAAGCAGUAUUGGAGAAACCUGUGAGAGUCCACUAGAUUGAGAACGUAUCCAUUGUAAGAACACUGAUACUGUUGCAAACAGUUUCCCUGUGAAGGUAGAGCAGCACUAGCCAAAGAGUGCUAAAUCUAGCAAGAUAAUCGCCAAGUCAGCUACAUUGACAGCCUUCAUGCCUCCCCUCGAAAGCCCCUCCCCCAAAAUGACCCUUAUGAACGUAAACAACAAACAUGGCUAUUCUUAUAGUACUCGUAGCUUGUGGAGGACCCUAGGUAGACAUGUAGACAGACAGUAUGGUAGACAGUAAGGUAGACAGACAGUAAGGUAGACAGGCAGGCAGACAGACAGACAGACAGGUAGGUAGGCAGACAGACAGACAGACAGGUAGGUAGGUAGACAGGCAUUGUUCUCCCAGACGAGUCAGCAUUUCAUCUCACAAGCUUAUUUGUGCUCAGCAUUAAAGUAACUUGAAUACAUAAUAAAUGGUCCGAUUGUGUUGUAACACCAGACGAGGCGGAAUCACUCUGUUUUAUUUCUAUUGCCAUGGUUUGAUAAGUAAGGGGUUGAAGAGUAGUAAACAGUGCAGUUUCCCGGUAGACACACAAACCAGUCCACCCAAUUACCUUUUUAUGGUUUGUCUAGACAUGUUAUGGUUUAUUUAGUAAUAAAGAGAUGAAUUGCAGAACUACAUAACUAGAUUAAAGUAGGUGAGGACGGCGAGGACCCCCCUGGCUGCAUGUCUGAGUCCAGAUGCUCGAGGAGUGUUCAAAGGGACCACGACACCUGCUGUGUUGAUGCGUUCAGCUUCUGUCCCUCACAUAUGGAAAGGUUUUCUCCGUUAUGGAUCACUCACACGCUGCUGCUGCGCUUCACAGGCUCAUUAAUACAGGUAAAGAUGUGUUUUUGAUUCAUUAUUCACUUCAUUGGUUGCACUGUGUUCUCUGAGUUGGUGCUAUGCAAAUCGACAUGUUCCUGCUUUAAAGGCAUAUUAUUUGUGAUCUUUUAUGUUUUUUUAUGUGUGUUGUACAGAGUUUGUGAAAGAAAAGUCAGAAAUAAAAACAUAAAUGACAAAA